AUGUCCAUUCUCUCCCUUUCGCUGCUGGUUCUGGCUGCAAUCAGCCCUGCGUACGCAAAAGUGGCGAAGCCAGUAAGCUGCGACCCGCAAAACUACUGCGCCGGCACCGCGUUUGAUGCCUCACUGCAAAAAACCCACCUGUGCGGCGAUAAACGUCUCGGCCCCGUCGACUUCAAGACCGGCGAUGCCCCCAAAGCCGUCUGGAAGACCUACGUCCCCUUCUCCAAGACAUGCCCCGGUGCUUUUCUAGGCGAAUUUGGCAAGGACCAGUGGUAUCGGUAUCCUCCGGAAGACGGCUUCAACCUCGAUUCUAGCGGCAGGCCCAUCAAGGAGAAGAAGACCUUAACCCCGGGAACGCUGGUUGACCGCUUCGGAGGUGAGGGUGGCAAGUUUCUGUCUCCCUGUGGGACGCCAUAUGAGAAGCGAUCGCUACCACCGGCUAGCCUGGCGCCAUACCCAGCAGAUCCGAGCCAUCCGUUCAACUACCGCGUGUACAAGGUGAUUAAGGACUUUCCCGUGUCGGCUGGCCCUAUUGCGCCUUUCUUUGACCAGCCCGGACUUGGCGUCCAAUACAAGCUGAAUAUCAAUGUCUCCAUGGCCUUGAAGAAAGGCUUCUUCUGUUUCUCCUUUGGCUUUACUAUGACCGGCGGCGACUGGGUCGUCGAGUAUCUCGUCGACGUGCGUGGGGGAAACAUGUCGCAGAUGGGUUGCGUUCCUGUAGGCUUUAACGGCGGCAUCCAGCCCGGGAGAUUGCUCUUUGCCGAGCUGACCUACCGGUUCGGCGAGCGCCACCCGAUUCUCGCCUACAGUCUCGCCGCCAUUGUUCUCCAGCUCGUCUUUGGCUUGCCCAACAUCAUUGCCGCCUCGGUCUCCGUGUGCCUCGUCGGCAUCUUCACCGGCCCUUUCUUCGCAACACGCGGCCGUAUCUAA